AUGUGCGUGGUCAGCGGAGGGCCGAGGGGGCGGCAGAGCGGGGAGGGGAGGGUGGGGAGGCGCCGGCUGCUGCGGGCGGAUGAUGGCGAAGGCUGGUUGCAGCCUCCGCGAGAGGGCGCGGGCGGCGAGGAGAGGAGAGGCGAGGCGCAGGAGCAAGGACAAGGAACGAGACUCUCGUGCUUGAGAACUGUCGAGCGACUGACGUGUACUGCGUUGAGAAAGACGUUCUGCGUGGGAAUGUAUUUUACUGGUAACCAUCAUAUUGGAUGA